GCUUGCUUGGCGCAGAUUGCAAUUCUCUACUAUUCUUUAAUGAACCUGUAUCUGCUGACUGCAGCUGAGAGUUUAUUGAGUAGGGGAUCAAGCAUCUCACUAAGCACCUUCCCAGGAAAGAGGGACUAAAGGAUGGAAACUGAAAAUGAAAAGAUCUGCUUUGUUUUCCUUAAACUGCUGAUGAGCCAGACAGAUGUUUGCCUAGAUGAUCCUGGCUUCCCAGUUGGUCUUCCUCACCUGUAUCUGGAUCACACUGACGCCAGAUGUUUUUGCUGCUUCUGACAUCAAGAAGUCCUACCAGCGGUGCUCCGCUUCAGUGAAGAAAGCCCGGGAGAGCAAACAAGAAACCAGAAUGAGAAACAAUGACAGCACCAAAGCAUGGCUCCUGAAAUACAAACAACUUCUCCAUAUAGAGGACCAUGAUUUUGCAAUGAGACCUGGAUUUGGAGGGUCUCCAGUACCAGUGGGUAUAGAUGUCCAAAUUGAAAGCCUUGACAGCAUUUCGGAGGUUAAUAUGGACUUUACAAUGACUUUUUAUCUCAGACAUUACUGGAAAGAUGAGAGGCUCUCCUUUCCUAGCACAACAAACAAAAGCAUGACCUUUGAUCAUAGAUUGAUCAAAAAGAUUUGGGUGCCUGACAUAUUUUUUGUCCAUUCUAAAAGAUCAUUCAUCCAUGAUACAACUGUGGAGAACAUCAUGCUACGUGUAUACCCUGAUGGAAAUGUCCUUUUCAGUCUCAGGAUAACUGUUUCAGCCAUGUGCUUUAUGGAUUUCAGCAGGUUUCCUCUUGACACUCAAAACUGUUCCCUUGAACUGGAAAGCUAUGCCUACACCGAAGAGGAUUUAAUGCUGUACUGGAAACAUGGGAACAAGUCCUUAAAUACUGAUGAACAUAUUUCCCUAUCUCAGUUCUUUGUUGAGGAGUUCAGUGCAUCCAGCGGAUUCGCUUUCUACAGCAGCACAGGUUGGUACAAUAGGCUUUUCAUCAAUUUUGUGCUAAGGAGGCAUAUCUUCUUCUUCAUGUUACAAACCUAUUUCCCAGCAAUGUUGAUGGUGAUGCUUUCAUGGGUUUCAUUUUGGAUUGACCGAAGAGCUGUUCCUGCAAGAGUUUCCCUGGGAAUCACCACAGUGCUGACCAUGUCCACCGUCAUCUCUGGCAUGAGUGCCUCCAUGCCCCAAGUGUCCUACAUCAAGGCCGUGGACGUGUACCUGUGGGUCAGCUCCCUCUUUGUGUUCCUGUCAGUCAUUGAGUAUGCAGCUGUGAACUACCUCACCACAGUGGAAGAGUGGAAACAAUUCAAGAAGACAGGGAAGAUUUCUGGAAUGUAUAAUAUUGAUACAUUUCAAGCCAUGGCCUUCGACGGUUGUUACCAUGACAGCAAGACUGAAAUGGAGCAGACUUCCUUUUCUCUACACUCAGAAGAGGACGCCAUGCGAGGAAGAUCCACAGGUAGCCCCAGCACAGAUACAUCUCAGAUAAAGAGAAGACAAUCCUUAGGAGGGCAUAUUGGUGCAAUCAUUCUGGAAAAUAAUCAUGUCAUUGACACCUACUCAAGGAUUUUAUUUCCCACUGUGUAUAUUGCAUUUAAUUUAUUUUACUGGGGUGUAUAUGUGUGAGGAAGAAUUCCCAAUGUAUAAUACUCAUUUUGGAAUCAGAGUAGGUUAACAAAACAACCACAACAAACAACUCUUGACUAUGAGUUGGACUGUACUUGAUUCAACUGGGAGUCAGCCAGUCAGUCACCUCUCUUGGCCUAUAGAAGAUUUUAAAGUUGACCGAUUUACAUCUAGGAAGAGUUUAAGGUCCCUGGAGAAUUUGAUUCCAUACAUAAGAGUCACAGGCAUGCAGAUUACAGAAAAAUUUCCACAGGAAUGGGCUUUGUAACUACUUCGCCUAGACCCUCCUUGCUUUCUAAAUGUAAACGUUUUGUAUUAACUAAGCAAUAAAGCUGGACUAUGACAAUGAUUCAAGAAGCAUUGAUUCUUAGUGCUAGCCAUGUGCCAUGCUACCUAACAGAGUUGAAUCCUUGUGAGGAAGAACAUCAACAUCAAGGUGGGACCAUGGACACUUAUACAGCUGAGAUGUACAUGAAGAGCUUCCCUGUCCAUCUCCAAUCAAGUCUUUUAUCUUAUUUCACUAUUAAAUUUCAUAUAUUAUUGAGUCCAAGAGCAAAACAUCUAAACUUUGCUCCUAUCCUAAUGUUAAAUUAAUAUGUCAAUCUUCAGUAAUAGAAUCUUGUAUUUUACAGUUGAGUCAUAGCUUUCAUA